UUAAAAUCAUGUAUUAAUAACUUUAAAGCGUUAAUAUAUAUACUAUAUGAUAUAAAUUCAUAAAAUACUUCUAUGUAGUUUCGCGCGGUGGGAGCACGGAGAGUGAACGGUCUCCCCUUGCUUCCCAAUUAAAUAACGUCUUUGCCGGUUCCAGAUAGAAAGAGGCAAACUAUAUAUUACCACAUUUACUAUUUAGUCAACUUCGAUCAUUUUGCUCGAUGUAGUUUUCCUAUUCACCAUUUUCUAGGCGUAGAGGACAGAGCAAAACCUUUGAUUUUUUAAACAUAGCAGUAUACUGAAUCAACUUGACUUGCUUAUCAAUAGGCGGUGUUCCAAAAUUGAGAAAAUAUCAAAAAUUGAGAAAUAGUUAACUUACAUUAAAUCACUUUUUAAAUGAGUAAAUACAAGGUGAAGAUUGGAAUAAUUGGCGGUUCUGGAUUGGAUGAUCCCCAAAAUCAAAUCCUUAAUUGCCGAACAGUGAUUACUCGAGAAGAUGCCAAAAAUGAUUUUGGAUUGCCUUCUAGCGAUCUUUAUCAGGGAAAUAUUAACGGUGUUGACGUUGUGUUAUUAUCAAGACAUGGACCAGGUCAUAAAAUAAGUCCCACUGCAGUAAAUUACCGUGCAAAUAUUGAAGCUUUACGAUUAGCUGGAUGUACUCACAUACUUGCAUCUGCAGCAUGUGGUUCUUUACAAGAGUGUAUACAUAAAGGGCAGUUAGUUGUGCCAGACAGUUUUAUAGAUAGAACAAUAAAGAGACAUGUAACUCUUUAUGAUGGCACCUCAUCUAAGUAUGCAGGUGUAUGCCAUAUGCCAAUGGAGCCAGCCUUUAGUUCAGAAAUGUCGAAAAUAUUAUUUGAAGCUGGUAAAGAACUAGAAUACGAUAUUAGAAAUGGAGGAACAGUAGCAGUUAUAGAAGGACCACGUUUCUCCUCAAAAGCUGAAAGUAAUGCUCUGCGUCUCUGGGGUGGAGACUUAGUUGGUAUGACUACAUGUCCAGAGGUAUACCUAGCUAAAGAAGCAGGACUUUUAUAUGCAAUUAUUGCAAUGGCAACAGAUUAUGAUUGUUGGAAAAGUUGUGAAGAAACUGUUCACGCAGCUGAUGUAGUAACAUUGUUUAAACAAAAUGUCAAUAAAGUAACAAAUCUGCUUGUAAGAGCAAUUAAAAUUAUUGGAGAAAAGAAUUGGGAUAAAGAAAUUGAUGAUUUACAGGAACUAUGUAGAAGUAGUAAUGUUUCUACUUAAUUCUUUUUUUCUAAUACUGUCUAUAACAAUUGUCCACAACUUACGGUUUUGAUUAAAAAUUAUAACUGACAAAUUGAAUUUUUAUACUUUUAAAUUAAAGGUUUUGGGAAUUAUAUAUAUUAUUGCAUUCAAUAAAU